GUGAAUGAAAACGGAUCGAUCGAUACAUUUGUAGAUUCGAUUCUCGAAUCGUUAGGUGCGAGAGUCGCUAGAGGAAUCGAGGCUGCAGCGCGGAGUCGAUUCCGAGCAUCGCGUAACCCUGAGGCUGUCUUAGUGCGGUGGAGUCGCGAACAAGAAAAUGAUUGCGAAGCGGCUGUUCGUGAGCUCCACUCCACUGCGGGCGACUCUAGCCCUGCAGCUCCGCCGCAACCUGGGCCUCUCGGCCGUCGCCUUUAAUACAGCACGCCAGCUCGACCCCAUCCAGAAGCUGUUUGUGGACAAGAUCCACGAGUACAACACCAAGAGCAAGGCUGCAGGCGGGCCAGUGGAUGCCGGUGCUGAAUUUCAGCGGAAUCUCGCCGACGAGAUGACCAAGCUUCAGCGACUCUUCGGAGGCGGAGAUCUCACCAAGUUUCCUGAGCUGACAUUCAAAGAGCCUGAAUUUGAAGAGGAACCCAAGAAAUGAAGCAUCUGAAAUUGGAAACAUUGGAUGCGUAGGAGUUAAUAUUUGUUUAUCAGAAACUCUUCUGUAUAUGACUAAGUGAAUAAACGAUGUAAAACAUUU